CAGACAACUUUUUGUUGUGAAGUCAGUCACUGUUCAGCAGAACUUUGGUCAUGUCUGGACUGCUGGGUGUUCGACUGUUGCUGCUGUGGGGCAGCGCCUGCCUUUGGCUGCCCGGCCUCGCCCGGGGAUCUCUGUUCAUCUCCGGGGCCCAUGAAGCUCUGCAGGAGACAAGAGGAGCUGCCAGAUCACUGCAGAAACGAAGUACAACUGAGGUCACGGUGGAGGUGUACAGUGUGACAGUGGACUGCACUGUGACGUCUCGUUUCGCUCACACCGUCAUGACCUCCAAGGCUCUGAACAAAGCAAACACCUCCCAGGAAAUCUUCUUUGAAAUGGAGCUGCCCAAGACUGCCUUCAUCACUAACUUCAGCAUGGAAAUUGACGGUCAGGUGUAUGUUGGUGAGGUGAAGGAGAAAGAGAAAGCCAAGAAAGAGUAUGAGAAGGCUGUUUCCUCUGGACAGACUGCUGGACUGGUCAAGGCUUCCGGAAGGAAGAUGGAGAAGUUUUCAGUGUCUGUUAACAUUGCAGCCAAAAGUAAUGUGACUUUCAUUCUGACCUACGAGGAGCUCCUUCAGAGGAAACAGGGCCAGUAUGAAAUUCUGACCCGAAUUAAACCCAAACAAGCAGUGCAGGAGUUUCAGAUUGUGACAAACAUCUAUGAGCCUCAGGGCAUUUCUUAUGUUGAUGCCCAUGCAACAUUCCUCUCCAAUGAGCUGCUCCCUCUGGUGGAGAAAACUGUCACUGACAACAAGGCACACAUCUCUUUCUCACCAACUCUGGAGCAGCAGAGGAAGUGUGCGAGUUGUGAUGAAACGCUCAUCGACGGAGAUUUUAUCAUCAAGUAUGAUGUGAACCGAGUAGCGGGCCUCGGGGACAUUCAGAUUGUGAAUGGAUAUUUUGUGCACUUCUUUGCUCCACCUGACCUGCCCAGAGUCCCUAAGAAUGUAGUGUUUGUGAUUGACAGAAGUGGAUCAAUGAGUGGAAGAAAGAUGGUACAGACACGAGAGGCAUUGCUGGCUAUCCUCAAAGAUCUCCAUGAGGAAGACUACUUUGCCCUCAUCCAAUUUGAUGACAGAAUCGAUUCCUGGCAGAAAUCACUCACCAAAGCAACCAAGGAAAAUGUGGAUCAAGCCAUGAUCUAUGUCCAACAGAUAAAUUACCGUGGAGGAACUAAUAUCAAUCAAGCAGUGUUGACAGGCGUGGAGAUGCUGCUCAAAGAUAGGAGGGAGAAGAAACUUCCAGAGAGGAGCGUUGAUAUGAUUAUUUUAUUGACUGAUGGAAUGCCUAAUUCGGGAGAGUCCCAUCUCCCAAGGAUCCAAGAAAAUGUGCGUUCUGCUAUAAGAGGAAACAUGUCUCUGUUCUGUCUUGGAUUCGGAAAUGAUGUGGAUUACUCUUUCCUGGAUGUGAUGAGCAAACAGAACAAAGGACUGGCCCGCAGAAUUUUUGAGGGUUCAGAUGCAACACUUCAACUUCAGGGUUUCUAUGAUGAGGUGUCCAGCCCUCUGCUUUCAGACGUGGACAUGCGUUAUCCUGACAAUGCAGUGGAAUCGCUGACCACCAACCACUUUAACCAGUUGUUUAACGGCUCAGAGAUCGUGGUAGCCGGUCGGCUGAUGGACAACGACCUGGACAACUUCCUGGUGGAAGUGUUCGGCCAGGGGUUUGAGGAGGACUUCAUUGUGCAGGGACAGGCCAGUACUGUGGACUGGGGCGUGAUGUACCCAGAUGAAGAGUAUAUCUUUGGGGAUUUCACAGAGCGUCUGUGGGCCUACCUCACCAUCCAGCAGCUACUGGAGAAGAGCAAAAGUGGUGCCACAGACGAGAAAGCCAACGCCACAGCCAAGGCCCUGGACAUGUCUCUGCAAUACAGCUUUGUCACCCCACUCACCUCGAUGGUGGUCACCAAACCUGAAACUGAGGACGGCACAGACCCCCCUCUCAUUGCUGACAAGCUGACUGAGGAGCAAAGACAACAGGCAGAAAGAAACAUACAUCGAAAUUUACCUGUAACCCCCGUAAGCCAUACUUACUCGUCAGCACCAACAUAUUUUGUGGACGGAGAUCCUCAUUUCAUGAUCGAGCUGCCAGACAGAGAUGACGCUCUGUGCUUCAACGUCAACGACAAACCAGGAACCAUUUUCAACCUGGUCAGAGACCCAAACUCAGGUAUUUUGGUGAAUGGCCAGAUUAUCGGAGACAAGAAGAUUCCCCCUGAUGGUAAAAUCAACACCUACUUUUGGCGUUUUGGCAUCAUCCACCAGACUCUGGGGGUGAAGCUGGAGGUGGACACUGAGGUCAUCUCGGUGUUCCAGGACGGCAAAUGGGUUAAGCUGCUGUGGUCUGAUGCAGCUUCUCUCAAGGGACUCAAUGUGGAUCUUCUCUUGACCAAGGAUCGCAGCCUAACGGUAACUCUUAAAGAUUCAGUCAAAUUUGUCAUCCUGCUACACAAAGUGUGGAAGAAGCACCCAUACCACCGGGACUAUUUGGGUUUCUACACCCUGGACAGCCACCUCCUGUCCCCGUCUGUUCACGGCCUGCUAGGUCAGUUCUACCAUGGGAUUGAAUAUGAGGUGACAAACCUGCGUCCCGGUGAAGUCCCAGAGAAACCAGACGCCACCAUGUUUGUGAAAGGACAGGAGCUCAAUGUGACCAGAGGCUGGCAGAGAGACUUCAGGAGGGAUAUGAAGAAUGGAGAAAAUGUUCCCUGCUGGUUCAUUCACAGUAAUGGAACCGGCCUCCUUGAUGGAGAUGCAACAGACUACAUUGUGUCGGGCCUUUUUAAAACUGUUUAAAAAGAGGUUACACAUCAGUGUCUACCACAGAAAUCAUCCAAAUCACAGUCAUACAAUACAUAUUAAAAUCUGCUAAAAAUAGGCUUCAUUCACAGCAUAGUAUUGACAAUUUCACAGUUUUAGUCAAUUGCACCGGUGUAAUUGUAAGAAUUAUCAGUUACACUAUCCCAGAAUAGUGAGAAGUGCUGGAGGACAGCUUCAGCAAUCAUUUGUAUCGAAAUAAAUGGGACGCACUUCUUAAAUAUGAACUCGAGCUGGAUUGUGUAUUGUAUUAAAAAGUGUUUUGUCAGGAGCUACACUGAUGAAAAGGUCUGUUACAGUUCAUGUGAAGACUACUGUAAUCCUGAACUAAAUGAUACCAAAUAAAUGAUAAAGAGUGGUGACAAA